CAACAAUCAAGACACUUUUUUGAGUAUUGAUUUUUUUUUAUCAUUUUGGAGAUUAAAAAUAUUUUUUCUUAUCAAAAAAAAUUCAAGUGAAGAUUCUGAGAAAAGAUUGAAGCUUAAGUUUGAGAAUUUUCAAAAUUUUUGAAUGAAAGUUUUUUUUUGGGAAAUUUUCUUUUAUCUCCGUUCAUUGAGUGGGACAAAAAAAGGGAAAAUCUGCGCAUUAAUUUUCCUAACGAGUGAAUCUUAAUUAUUUUUUGUGUCUAAUCUCUCUCCUCAAAAUAAAAGAGGUGAAUGAAUAAGAAGAGAAUAGAAUGAAUAAGUUUAUAUCGCGAUACAAUCACAAAAAGAAUUAAUAAAGUGUGAUAUCUCUUUUUUUCUCGCUUGUGCUGUUAUGUAUUGUGGACUAUACAAGCUCAAAUCAAACUUAAUUAAUUGUGUAAAUAUCACAAAACAAUUUAAUUGAUUGAAAUUGAUUUGUUUUCUUACAAAUUCUACGUUAUUGCCUCAAACAAAACUGUCAAAGUUAGCGGCACUAUUUCGUGGAAUCAUCAUUGUUUGCUAGUUAAAUAAAUACAGUGGCAGUUUGAUAUUUUGGUUAUGUAUGAUGCCUCUUUUAUGACGUAAUCAUUAAAUAAACUGGAAAAUGAAUGAUAGUGGCUUUAACUCCGGGGCUGAGAUGAACAUUGACAAUAUUUUCUUUUACGAGGACAAUUCGACACAUUCAUCGCAAGACAACAUGCCAAUUGCAUUCAAUAACAAUAAUAAUAAUGUAAAUAUCAACAGCAAUAACAAUAAUGAGGAUGAUCAGGCAAUUUCGAUGGAUACAAAUGAUCAAGGUGACUCGUCGUUGUUUGUAAAUGCAGUUAAUAUACCAAAGCAGAAACGCAUUAAAGAUUCAAAAUUAACGCAAAUUCAAGUCAGCGUUGGAAUCGAUGAGGAUUUAAAAAUGAUCCUCGAUCUUGAUCCAACUCUCAUUGAUGGCGUUGAUCUCGAAAAAGCUGUUGAGCCGGCAGUUCAUAAUGACGCGAGACUAACAUCAUUACCACCUAAAAUUCCAACAUUUAAAACGAUAACACCAACAUCGCGUACUCAGUUAAAAACAUUGCUUCAACGUGAACAGUUGUUGCAGGAGGCUGAGAGGAAAGAAACAGAACGAAAGCUUUUAGAACGAGAGCGAGAUCAUCACAAGCAAAAACAAGAAUCACAAAAAGUGCCAUUACAAGUUGAUGUUCCUCCACAAAUUUUACAGGUUCGAACGCAGCUUUCAAAUCCUACAAAAUACCAUGUGAUACAAAAACAAAAGAAUCAAGUCAGAGAAUAUUUAAGUGAAAGUUUCAAAUCGUCAGACACGUUACAUAAUCUAAUUCCAUAUCCAGUGCUGCAGCAUAACAAUAUAAACGGAAAUUCACUCAUUGCAUCUAAAUCACAACCAGCAACGACGUGUAAUUCACCAGGUGUGAAACCAAAUGUCAAUUCUAAACUACUUAAUCACGUAAAGAACAAUAAUCUAUUAAGUCACAGUGCAAAUGAAAUGUUGCAUGUACAAAGCCUCGACUAUUCAUCAGGACAAUCGGCAUCGAACAAUAGUUUUCCAUUUGUAUUACAACAACAUCGAUACAUUGCAGCAGCUAGUCCGCAAUCUGCUAUGUCACCUUCCAUCAGCUCAGUGGCAACGAGUGUAACAAGUGCAUCUGAGGCUGAUGACUACAUCGAUGAGAUUUUAAACUAUGAUUCAAUACCCGAUGCAAUUAAAUAUGAAAUAAAUUCAGUGACUGAUGCAAAGAUUAAACAAGAGCCGCAUCUUUCGGUAUCAGAAACUGACAAAGAUAGACAAAAGAAGGAUAAUCAUAAUAUGAUUGAGCGACGACGAAGAUUUAAUAUAAAUGAUCGAAUUAAGGAGCUUGGUACGUUGUUGCCAAAAAGUAAUGAAUCAUACUACGAAAUCGUUAGAGAUGUUCGACCAAACAAAGGAACGAUACUUAAAUCAUCUGUUGAUUAUAUCAAGUGCCUCAAACAAGAAAUUAAUCGAUUGAGAAAGACUGAGCUUAAACAAAGGCAGAUGGAAAUGGAGAAUAAAAAGCUGCUGAUGAGAAUACAAGUAAGGAAUUAGUUAAGAUUUGUGGAAAUGAAUGAGUGGGAAGUAAUGACUGGAGCUUUUCAUGGUAAAAGUGAUAUAUUUUCAGUCUUAAUUGCCAUUUUUCUUUGUGGUGAACUAAAAAAAGCUUAUUAAGACUAAUUAUAGGAAAUUUAUUGAGGUUAAAACCUUAAAUCCUUAAUCGAAUUAGUCAGUUGUCACCUUUAAGGUCAACUUCCAUAAUUCACAUUCUUAAGAAAUACUUUGUUCAUAAAUAAAUUAUUUGCCAUUUUAGGAACUAGAAAUCGAGGCAAGAAACAACAACAAUAAUAAUAAUAAUAAUAACAAUAAUAUUCAAUGCGGAAGCAACAGUUUUCCAUCAUUAAGUAGUAUGUCAGCUCAACUUCUCGGUGAAUAUUCGCCCGAUCCGAGUAAUCAAAUCCCCGAUGUCAUAAGUAAUGUUCAAACAAUGAGCCUUAAUCAUGCAGCAAAAAGCUAUGGGGACGAUGAAAGUGUCUCAAUAAAGAAUGAGGAAUCGAUGUAUAAUCAAUGUAAUGGCAGUGAUAAUUUCAUGCAACAAAAUCAUUUAAUGUACGACUCAGUGCUUACAAAUAAGCAAAAUUCAACAGUCGAUAUGACUCAAAUUGAUCCGAUUAUUAUCAACUAUGGAUUGCUGUCAAUGCAUCGUGAUAAUAUAAGUAGUACAGCUGAUAGCGGAAAUCCUGAUUCGAUUCUACAUCCUUCAGAUUCAGACUCACUUCUUAGUGAUAUUGACAUGAUGUCGUGAAAAUUACUAAAAGUUUUUGUGGUUGUUAGUUGAGUAAGUGAUGGAUGUGGAAAACCGACUUGUGAGGUUUUGAAAAUCUCGUAACAAGUUUUUUUGGACAAUUAUUGCCAUAAGAAGUUAUCACUUAUCUUACGUGUAGUGCUUAAACAAACUAGAAAUAAUCAGAUCUAAAUGUUAUGAUUUUAAAAUUUGUCAAUGAAAAAAAAAUAAAUAAAUACAUUAUUAGAUAAGUAAAUAGUCGACACUAAGAAGUAGUUAAGUGUUGACUGAUAGUGCAAAAAAAUGACUCUUACAUUUAUAGUCUUAGACAUUUAAAGUCACGAUUGACUCAUCACGUAUAACAAAUGAUAAGAUAAGCUUAUUAAUAAAGGUCCAAAUUUAUCUCAAAUUACAAGUCAGACGUGUGAAUAUUUUCAUGAUAUUGUGAAAUAUAAAGCAAUAAAGUUUGAACACGUGAGAUAUUUUUUUGUUCUUCUAGUUUGUAAUAUCGAAAAAGUUCAUUGAUAAAAUUUUUUUAUCCCAGAUAAUUUAAGAGUUUGAAAAAUUGGCAGAAUCUAGCCAAUUUACAGUUAGGUUUCUGAGUGAAUGAUGAAGCAUAUUCUCAAUUAGUGAUUAUUAUUGAGUUUAGAGAUUCUUGUUGGAAAAUGAUUUUCAAUUCGAAUCAUUGUGUGAAGAUUUUUGGGAUAAAAAAAUUAGGAAAAAAACUCGUUUUAACAAAAUUUGCUCUUUUAUUUAAAAAAUAAUUAUUAUUAAGAUUCUUUUGCUAGACUAGAAACUAAAAUCAAAACAAAAAUGACGUGAAUAUGUGAAUUAAAUAGAAAUUUUACAUAAAUUUAGUUAAAUUUUACUUGAUAUUUACUAAGUGCAAUUAUUCAAAAAUAAGCGAUCCAUAAAUAAAUCGACAGAUGUAUGACAGUUAUGUGGUUUGCAGCUAUUACGAUGUAUUCUAUUUAUGUCGACUAAUAGAUGCCUUUGUUUCGCUAGAGUUAUCUAAUUAUAGAAUUCGUGAUGUUGAAUUUUAUUAAUUUUGUAAGGUCUUUUGAAAAGACAUUUUUCUGUUGAACAGAAUUAAAUUAAGGCAGGAUGUGAGAAGCAUUUGAUGAUGGUGG